UUACGUCGGAUUUUUGAAACGAUUAGUACCGUGCGUGCGUCGCGUGCGUCUUUUGUUCGAAAUUUAUUUUAUUUGUGUAGUGUUGUGUUAUUUAAAAGCGAUUUUUUUACGCUGCAGUGUGUGUGAGUGCGUAGCUGCAUACUGUCAAUAAAUAACGAGUAGAGAAAGAGAAAGAAAGAAGUAAUCGAAUAAAAAAAAAAAAUAGUAAACCAAUUGAGUCUGGGGCGAACUUCCAUUGCCCCUGGCCAUAUAAAAAUAGUCAAAAUGCAAUUGCAAUUGAAGCUGUUGCUGCUGACGCUGCCUCUGCUGACGCUGACGCUCUGCGGACUGCGCAGCGUUGCUGCAGAUUAUGAGAAUACUUGGCACUUCUAUGAUGAGCAGCCCUGUUGCAACGGCAAUGAGCAAUCGCCGUAUACGCGUCACAAACGAGAUCAUGUGCGUGAAUUCACAUGCGGCAAACUUUACUAUCGCACAUUUCAUUUGAAUGAUGAGCGCGAUUCGCUUUACGUGGGCGCAAUGGAUCGCGUAUUCCGUUUGAAUCUGCAGAAUAUUUCAGCGUCCAAUUGUGAUCGCGAUGUCAUCAACUUGGAGCCAACUCGCGACGAUGUGGUCAGCUGCGUAUCGAAGGGCAAAAGUCAGGUCUUUGAUUGCAAGAACCAUGUGCGUGUCAUACAAUCAAUGCAGCAAGGUGAUAGGCUCUAUGUUUGUGGCACCAACGCACACAAUCCCAAGGAUUAUGUCAUAUAUUCGAACCUCACACACUUGCCACGUUCCGAGUACGUGAUCGGUGUGGGCCUGGGCAUUGCCAAGUGUCCAUACGAUCCGCUCGACAAUUCCACUGCCAUUUAUGUGGAGGAGGGCAACCCGGGCGGCCUGCCAGGACUGUACUCGGGCACCAAUGCGGAGUUCACCAAGGCGGACACUGUGAUCUUUCGCACGGAUUUGUAUAAUACGUCGGCAAAGCGGCUGGAGUAUAAAUUUAAGCGCACACUCAAAUACGAUUCCAAGUGGCUGGACAAACCGAAUUUCGUGGGCUCCUUUGACAUUGGCGAGUAUGUUUACUUCUUCUUCCGCGAGACCGCCGUGGAGUACAUCAAUUGUGGCAAGGCGGUCUAUUCGCGCAUUGCGCGCGUCUGCAAAAAGGAUGUGGGCGGCAAGAAUCUGCUGGCGCACAACUGGGCCACGUAUCUGAAGGCGCGUCUCAACUGCAGCAUCUCCGGCGAGUUUCCCUUCUACUUCAACGAGAUCCAAUCCGUUUAUCAGCUGCCCAACGACAAGACGCGCUUCUAUGCCACAUUCACCACCAGCACCAAUGGCCUGAUUGGAUCUGCCGUAUGCAGUUUCCACAUUAACGAGGUCCAGGCCGCCUUCAACGGCAAAUUUAAGGAGCAAUCCUCUUCAAACUCCGCCUGGCUGCCCGUACUGAACUCGCGUGUGCCCGAGCCGCGUCCCGGAACGUGUGUCAACGAUACCUCAAAUCUGCCCGAUACUGUGCUGAACUUCAUACGCUCGCAUCCACUUAUGGACAAAGCCGUAAAUCACGAGCACAACAAUCCGGUCUAUUAUAAAAGGGAUUUGGUGUUCACAAAGCUCGUUGUUGACAAAAUUAAAAUCGACAUACUGAAUCAGGAGUACACAGUCUAUUAUGUGGGCACCAAUCUGGGUCGGAUUUACAAAAUCGUUCAGUAUUAUCGCAACGGCGAGUCGCUGUCCAAGCUGCUCGACAUCUUCGAGGUGGCGCCCAACGAGGCCAUCCAGGUGAUGGAAAUCAGCCAGGCACGCAAGUCCCUCUACGUGGGCACCGAUCACCGCAUCAAGCAAAUCGACCUGGCCAUGUGCAAUCGACGUUACGACAAUUGCUUCCGCUGCGUCCGUGAUCCCUACUGCGGCUGGGACAAGGAGGCGAACACGUGCCGUCCCUACGAAUUGGAUCUGCUGCAGGAUGUGGCCAACGAGACGAGCGACAUUUGCGACUCCAGCGUGCUGAAGAAGAAAAUCGUUGUCACCUACGGACAGAGCGUUCAUCUGGGCUGCUUCGUCAAGAUUCCGGAGGUGCUCAAGAACGAGCAGGUCACCUGGUAUCAUCACUCCAAGGACAGAGGACGCUACGAAAUCAAGUACAGUCCCAUCAAAUACAUUGAGACGACCGAACGUGGCCUGGUUGUGGUGUCGGUAAACGAGGCCGAUGGUGGACGCUACGAUUGCCACUUGGGCGGCAGCCUGUUGUGCAGUUACAACAUUACCGUCGAUGCGCACAGAUGCACGCCACCAAAUAAAAGCAACGACUAUCAGAAAAUCUAUUCGGAUUGGUGUCACGAGUUCGAGAAGUAUAAAACAGCAAUGAAGUCCUGGGAAAAGAAGCAAGCGCAAUGCUCAACGCGUCAGAACUUCAGCAGCAAUCAGCAUCCCAAUGAUAUAUUCCGCAAGAAUAAUGUCUGAUAUCAUGAUGAAAGCUAUGUCCACAUCAAUAUGCCGCCAGCCACGCCCAGCACCACGUCCAUCUACUAAAACAAGCAGACUACAGUUCCCGAACAGCAAAUCAAAAGCAAAUCACACACACACACACACACACACAUCUAUCUAUGCAUUUAAUAAUUAAACUUAAGUUUCUUAUUUAGUAAUCAACGCUCCACAAAGCGCAGAAACUUCCAGUAGCGUGCAUUUAAUAUAAAUCCAAUCGAUAAAUCAGAUCAGUGCAUCUAUCGUUGCGUUGUGACAUAGCUAGCAAUAAAAAAAAAGUAAUAAGUUUUUAAGUAAUAAAACUGCUGCUCGCAUAAAACGUAAAUCACUUCAUAUCGUUAAUAUAAAGCAUUAAUAAUUAAUAAUCAAUUAAUUACAUAUAUUAAGCAUACGCAGCCACUGUCAGCAUGUUAAUAAAAUUCGACAUAUACAUAUAUUAAAGCUAAACUGAACAAACGAAAGUAUUAAACUAACAACAAUAAAUAUGCGCAUACAUAACUAUUUAAAUAAUUGGAGGCACCGCCAUGUGAUGUUAAGUUUUUGAUAAAUUUAUGAAUUGCCUAUUGAGCAGCGACAAUUAAUUCAUAAACAAAUAGCCGCAUUAAACGCACACACAACAAAACAUUUCAACUAAAUAAUUAACUUGUUCAUUCGUAAGCUACAACUAUAAGCAAUAUAAAUAUUACUCGUCGUCUAAAGCUGAAUUAUGCAAAUAUAAACAAUAACUAAAUAUAUAAAUAUAGCAUUCAAAUCGGUCCAUAGUUUAUAACUUCACUUCAGUUCUCUCGUUGUGCGUUCAUCAUAAUAAAAAUACUCGAAACUUGCCAAGACAUGCAAAAGAAUUUUAUUAGUUUUUAUCAAUUUUUCUAUGUGUACUUAAGUUUACAAUGACAAAACAUUUUAGUUCAUAAGCGUUUAUUUG